GGGCCGUUUCAUUGACACAUCCAUCGUGGCGGCCGGCAGCAGUUCUCGAGCUCAUUCUCGCUCCUCUCAUUUGCCGCUCACUUCACACGUUUCGCGUUUUCUUCGCUUUAAGAGAUGCCUGCCAACAAGUCGUACCAGAGGCCCGCGGACUAUAUUGAUCCCGGCACACCCUCCAAGUGCAAAUGGCAUCUGGGGACCAAGGAGAAGACGCCGCACACGCAGCGCGGCAUUGCCCACAGGCAGAAGAUCACCCCGGACAUACUCGAGGUGAUUGGCUGCACGCCGCUGGUGCGGCUCAACCACAUCCCUGCGAAGGAGGGCAUCGAGUGUGAAAUGUAUGCCAAAUGCGAGUUCCUGAAUCCCGGCGGCUCUGUGAAGGACCGCAUCGGCUACCGCAUGGUGCAGGAUGCCGAGGAGCAGGGCCUGCUCAAGCCGGGCUUCACCAUCAUCGAGCCGACGUCCGGUAACACCGGCAUCGGCCUGGCCAUGGCCUGCGCCGUCAAGGGGUACAAGUGCAUCAUCGUGAUGCCGGAGAAGAUGUCCAACGAGAAGGUGUCGGCCCUGCGCACCCUCGGCGCCAAGAUCAUCCGUACGCCCACCGAGGCGGCCUACGAUUCGCCCGAGGGGCUCAUCUACGUGGCCCAGGAGCUGCAGCGCCAGACGCCCAACUCGAUUGUGCUGGAUCAGUACCGGAACGCCGGUAAUCCGUUGGCCCACUACGACGGCACGGCCGCGGAAAUCCUCUGGCAGCUGGACAACCAGGUGGACAUGAUCGUGGUAUCCGCCGGCACGGCAGGCACCAUCAGCGGCAUUGGCCGCAAGAUCAAGGAGCAGGCACCCGCCUGCAAGAUCGUCGGUGUGGAUCCCUACGGCUCCGUCCUGGCCCGCCCCAAGGAGCUGAACAAGAGCGAUGUGCAGUUCUACGAGGUGGAGGGCAUCGGCUACGACUUCCCGCCCACCGUCUUCGACGACGGCGUGGUGGACCUGUGGGCCAAGAUCGGGGACGCCAACUGCUUCCCGAUGAGCCGCCGCCUCAACGCCGAGGAGGGUCUGCUCUGCGGCGGCUCCAGUGGCGGGGCCAUGCACGCCGCCCUCGAGCACGCCCGCACCCUGAAGAAGGGCCAGCGCUGCGUGGUGAUCCUGCCCGACGGCAUUCGCAACUACAUGACCAAGUUCGUCUCCGACAACUGGAUGGAGGCGCGCGGAUUCAGGCAGCCGGUGAACGAGCACAGCCACUGGUGGUGGAAUCUGCCCAUCGGCCAGCUGGAGCUGCCCUCCCCCAUCGCCCUGCUCCGGUCCAGCGCCACAGUGGGCGAGGCCAUUGCCCUGAUGAAGCAGCAUCGUGUGGACCAGCUGCCCAUGAUCGACGCCGAGGAUGGCUCAAUUCUGGGCGUCGUCGGCCAGGAGACGCUGAUCAAUCAGAUCGUUAGCAUGAACCGCCAGCAGACAGAGCCCGCUCUCAAGGCGCUCAACAAGCGCGUGAUUCGCCUGGCACCCAGCGAGGUGCUGGGCAAGCUGGCCCGCGUCCUCGAGGUGGAUCCCAGUGUCCUGAUUGUGGGCCAGAGUGCAGCCGGCAAGGAGGAGAUCAAGUCGCUGGCCACCAAGCUGGAUGUGACUUCAUUCAUUGUGGCCGAAAAGAAUGUGAAGGCGGCGACGGCCAACGGCAAUGGCACCGCCUCCAAUGGCAACAGCCACUAAAGGACUUUUACCAUCCACAAGAAAGGAGCAACAACAAAACAGAACCAACAUACCCGACUCCCACUUUGUGUCCCAUAUAUACUGACUGUAGCUACCAGCUGAUAACUUAUUCGUCUAUCUACCAACUCGCAUGCAUUUGUCCAUUUUAUAAUAUUAAAAGAAAAGGAAUUUUUAAA